AUGAACGAUAAGUCAACGACUACCAAUCCUCGUGGCCCUUUACUCUCCAUUUCGACAAGCGAAGACAAUACUCAGUGGCUGCAACUACGACAGGAGAGUCUUCUAUCUCGUCUAGUAACUUGGUCACUAGUUGGAAUUCUUCCUCCAAUUCGAAAACAACGGUCAAGAGGGUGGCAAUAUGUAGUCAGCUCUGGACUUCAGGGUCUAUUGUAUCUGGCCAAGUGUUGCCCUAACCAGCUGGCUUUCCAUCAUCUGCAGUUUGCCACAGGAUCCCUUGCCAAUCCUCAUAUGAGCGGAAGUUACCUCCCGAUUUCAGCUUAUUUUCCUCCAUCUGAUGAUUUUCCUAGUCAGCGUAUCAAUGAAAAUCAGGAUACAAUCUACCGUGGAUCUACACUUAACCAUGCUUCAUCCCUAACUCUUUCCUCUUUUGGGGUGCCUGACCUAACUCAACUUCACAAGCUCUAUAUCCUACUUGCCUGUAUGGCCUUCUCCGGCCGAGAACAUGUACAGCUUCAAGAUAAUUUGAUUAUUCUUUUGCGCCGACAACUGAUGCAUUCAUCUCCUCUUCUUAAGGCGAUUGGUAUCGUUGGUGCCAUUGCUUGUCUAGAAGUUCUCUGCCGGCGUCGACGUUCCUCUUAUACUGAAAAUUUGGUGUUUUCUGAAAGACCUUCAUUGCUCGGUAACUUUUCUGGCAACAUGGUGCCAUCACAGACACAAUUUGAUGCGGUAACUAGUCAAGUACUGUUAUUCGAUUCCAUUGAACGAACCAGAAACGUCGAUCGUUCUAGUGCCAUCAUCCGAUCAGACCAGAAUACAAGCAGCAUUUCAUCAAACAGUUGCCUCAGUCUACGAGGCCCUGGCACAAGUCUAGCUGACAAUACUGCUGAGGUCAAUCUUGCUGAGAUUGACGAGGAUUCUGAAACCGAUAUUGAGGAGAAAUCAGAUUCAGCAAGUGAGCUGGCCUUUAAUGAUCUUCGGGAAACUAGACACAGCAGAAAGUCGGGUGCCCAA